ACCUAUAUCCCAGUGCUCAAAGAUUAUUAAAUUUAAACCCUAAGGAGUAAGUAAAGCUUUCACGGGGUUUCCAGAUUUCAACCCACUUUCGGUUCUUCCCGUCUCCAUCUCACUUCACCAACCAAUAUCACUCUCAAUCUUCUCUCCAAUCCCUACGGUCGCUGUUUUGCCACGUUCGACUCUAUGAUUUUGAUGAUUGGAUGAAAAUCGACUAGUUUUCUUGUUUUCUGUGGAUGAUUACAACUUGGGUUGGAGGAGUUUUGAUUUGCGUUUUUAGGGUUUUGAAUUUGAUUGAAUAAGAUGGAUCGAUCUCCACUUACGAUGGGGCCGGGUAUGGAUUUGCCUAUCAUGCACGAUAGCGAUCGGUAUGAGCUUGUAAGAGACAUUGGUGCAGGUAAUUUUGGGGUGGCGAGGUUGAUGAGAGAUAAGCAGACUAACGAGCUUGUUGCUGUAAAGUAUAUCGAGAGAGGUGAGAAGAUAGAUGAAAAUGUGCAAAGGGAGAUUAUCAACCACAGAUCACUGAGGCACCCCAAUAUUGUCAGAUUCAAAGAGGUCAUUUUGACACCAACACAUUUGGCUAUUGUUAUGGAAUAUGCAUCUGGAGGAGAACUGUUUGAGCGAAUAUGUAACGCUGGUCGGUUUCCUGAAGAUGAGGCGCGUUUCUUUUUCCAGCAACUUGUAUCUGGAGUGGGCUACUGUCAUAAUAUGCAAGUAUGCCAUCGCGACUUGAAACUGGAAAACACACUUUUAGAUGGUAGCCAAGCUCCUCGGCUGAAGAUUUGUGAUUUUGGGUAUUCCAAGUCCUCUGUUCUGCAUUCACAACCAAAAUCAACCGUUGGAACGCCUGCAUAUAUUGCUCCCGAAGUCUUGCUUAAGAAAGAAUACGAUGGCAAGAUAGCAGAUGUGUGGUCGUGUGGUGUAACAUUAUAUGUUAUGCUCGUGGGAGCUUACCCUUUUGAAGACCCCGAGGAGCCUAAGAAUUUCCGCAAGACAAUACAGCGAAUUCUCAAUGUUCAGUACUCAAUCCCAGCUUAUGUUCAUAUAUCCACCGGAUGCCGCCAUUUGAUCUCCAGAAUUUUUGUGGCCGAUCCUGCUAAGCGGAUAACCAUGGACGAGAUUCGAAACCAUGAAUGGUUUAUGCGGAACCUCCCCAGAGACCUCAUGAAAGAGAAUGCAAUGGAUCAGUUUGGGGGACCUGACCAACCCUCCCAAAGCAUCGAUGAAAUCAUGCAGAUAAUUGCUGAAGCCACCAUUCCGCCAGCCGGGGCCCACAACCUCAACCAGUAUCUCACCGGAAGCCUCGACAUCGAUGAUGACAUGGACGAGGAUCUCGAGAGCGAUCCCGACCUCGACAUCGACAGCAGUGGGGAAAUCGUAUACGCAAUGUAAGUUUACAAAUAACUACCGCUUAGCAACAUAAUUCUCAUAAUUGAUCAUGUAUAUCCAAGUAAGAUCUGGAGCUCGAGAUCGCGGUUUUUAUUUCGUUUUUACGACGUGCUGUUAUGAAACAUGUACGAUUGUUGUAUUGUGUAUGUUUUUGCCGAGUUAACCGGCAUACAUGUACCGAUAAAAAAGAUAAUGUAUCGUUGUAUAAGUUACAGAUAUACUCUAGUUCUAUUGCUUCACAACCGUCGUGGCUUAACCGAUGGCCUGGUUCGAACC